UCAUAUCCUACAGAAUUUCUAAACAUAAUUUUGCGUUGUAUAUUGUACGGUGUAUCCACGAUUUAAGAUUUUUAAAUAAAUACGAUUUUUGUUAGGGCGUUGAAAAGGUCGAAACUAAAUAUAACUUCACAGUAGUUGUUCCAUCAACGACACCGAUGAGUUUAAUUGUCGGAGAUCGUGAUGUUUAGCGACGUUAUUACUAUUAUAUAUGCAGUCUAGACGAGUAUUAUAUUCAGGUUUCAAACGAAGCUCGAGCGACUCGGGGACCGACAACAAGAAACCUUGUCUACAAUAAAAUCGAUGAAAGUUUUACUCUUAUGUUUAUAAAUGAAUAAUGAUUGUUUUAUAGUUAAGUUAGACUGCGUUUCGAAAGUUAUAUCCGUAAGAGUUAAAAAUGGCUGAUUUGAUACGAGCGAUGGGGGCGCCGAUUGGACCCCCUAUCAAGGACAAGUUAGGAUCGCCCUCUACGGAGUCCGAAGACGGCGGCGGCGAUAUUGCUGAGUUGACUGCUGAUUUAGAGCUUGACGAAGCUGACGGACCUAGCACUAAUGGAGAAAGGCAAGCAGUGUUGGCUCCUCCAGAAAGUGAGUGGUACCAUGGCAGGCUUGAUAGAUAUACUUCUGAAGAAAGAUUGUGGGCUACGGGAAAACAUGGCAGUUACCUGGUUCGAGAAAGUGAUCGAAAACCUGGAUCGUAUGUGUUAAGCUAUCUUGGACGUACUGGGAUCAAUCAUUUUCGCAUAACAGCUGUAUGCGGUGAUUACUAUAUUGGGGGUCGUCAAUUCGAUUCCCUCACGGAACUAGUUGGAUUCUACAGCCAUUGUUCGGAUUUGUUGAAACGUGAAAGACUUGUUGAGCCCGUUCCACCGCCCGAACCUGUAAAUGAUAAGAAGCGCGUGGUCGCCAUCCUGCCCUACACCAAGAUGCCAGACACGGACGAGCUCACGUUUCAGAAGGGCGAUAUUUUCUUCGUACACAAUGACAUGGGAGACGGCUGGCUAUGGGUCACUGCACACAGGACGGGAGAGCAAGGAAUGAUCUUCAGGGAGCUGGUUGAAGACCUGGAUCCAUCAAUCGACCCAAAUACUGUUUUCUCUUGGUUCCACCCUAAUUGUACUAAGAGUGAGGCAGUUGAUAUGCUAGUCAAAGCUGGGCCUGGAAGCUUUUUAGUCAGGCCUUCAGAUAACUCACCAGGCGAUUACUCCUUAUUCUUCCACAUCAAUAACCAGAUUCAAAGGUUCAGAAUCGAGAAGAAAGGUGUUCGAUACUUGAUGGGUGGGAGGACCUUUGAAUGUUUGGAUGCAGUGAUUAAUAGAUACAGGAAGGAACAAAUUGUUGAAGGACAUACACUUGGGCAGCCACUUAUAGCCGAGGGCCACCAAAUAGAACCGCAACAGAACACGACAGGCGCUGCAGCGGAGAAGAUAUACGCCACGCUUCGAGAAUGUAGGGACCAGAUUGGUUUGAAGAAGAUGAAGGGGAUCAAGCAUCAGGGAUACCUUCACAAGAAGUCGGAUAAGGCCACUAAGAAAUGGAAAGCGCUCUAUUUCGUCCUACUCCAAGAGGGGACGGACACACAUUUGUACUUCUACGAUUCUCCUAAACGUACGAAGCCGAAGGGGCUGAUUGAUCUGUCGUGCGCCUAUUUGUAUCAGGUACACGAGUCCCUAUGGGAGCGUGAAUUUUGUUUCCAAUUAGUGGAAAGGGCGCUGCCGUGUCUCUCGACGCACACUUUCCUCGCUGCGUCCACCGCAACCGAACUACGAGGAUGGCUGGACGCUUUGCGUCCGUUGUGUGUACCACAGCAGGCCAAGCAUCAGUCUAAAGUAGCUCGUGUGGUAUGGCUCCGAGCAUUGCGCGUACGUUGUGUGACCGCUCACCGACUGCCGGCCCGUUUGGCGCCGCGUCCGUACUUACGCUUGGCGUUGGGUGCUGCGCCCGUCGCACGUACGCGACCGCGGCCAUCGCCCGACCCGCAUUGGGAUGACGAGUUUGUCUUUGAUGAUGUGCCUCCAGACGUUACCGCAUUCACUAUUACUGUGCAUAAUACCGGAAAGAGAGGAAAGGAAUCUGAGGUUGCUGAGUUGACGAUAGAAUUGGCGAAUCUCGCGAAUGGCGAAGAAGUUGAAGAGUGGUAUCCGCUAGCGGGAAUGACUCCAAUAGGUGAAUGGGGUUCACUAAGACUGCGUAUAAGAUACAUGCAAGAACUAGUAAUGCCUCGUGAAGAAUACAACCCACUGCGACAACUGCUUCUAGAACCGGGUUUGCCUGCUGUUAAGGCGCUCGCUGAUUUGUGCAGGACGGACAGACAACCUUUGGCUACAUCGGUCCUUCACGCCUUUUCCGAGUGCGGUCGCGGUGCGGAACUGGCCCAUGAAUUAUCGGCGGCUGAAGUAGUGCGUGAAGCGGAUCACAGAGCGUUGUUCAGAGGCGCCUCUCUCGCCACCGCAGUACUGGAUGAGUUUAUGCAUGCUCUGUGUAAACCUUUCUUGCAGGCGGCGAUAUCCGAAACAGUGCAGAAGUUAAUAGACGCGAAGCAAUCAGCGGAAUUGAAUCCAACUAAAAUGGACUCGCCCGACGAUGCCUGUAACAACGCUGAGUUUCUGCUCUUGACUCUUGACCAGAUAACAUUAUCAAUAUUCACGUCUCCCGAGGCGUGUCCUCGGCCUAUCCGUUACUUGUGCGGCUGUUUGCAGCGCGCAGCCGUCGCGAAAUGGCCCAAUGAGAGAUUUGUCCGAACACGGGUUGUUUCUGGUUUCAUAUUCCUUCGCCUUAUAUGCCCGGCCCUAGUGGAGCCCCGAGCGUGGGGCCUUCUAAGUGCCGCCCCACCACCACACGCCCAGAGGUCACUACUCAUGGUCGCCAAAUGUCUACAGAAUCUUGCUAAUCUCGUGGAGUUUGGGGCUAAGGUAUUAAGAAUAGAGCCAUAUAUGGAAGUUGUGAAUCCAUUCAUUUUGAAGAACAAGGAACGGAUGGUCGUAUUUCUGGAUCAACUCAGCUCAGUUCAAGACCCGGGAAACGUACAGACGAAUUCUAACAAUAACUUCGAUAUAGCCAAAGAGCUGGCGACAAUUCAUCACAUUUGCGUGUCUCACCUAAGUGAGCUGCAGACUCUGUCGAAAAGUCAACCCGCUAUACGGAAACUGGUCACUGUAACGGAAAUGCUGACGAAACACAAGCACAAGUAUCUGGAGAUGAUCAGAUAGGAUACGCCUUUAUAUCACACAGGGUAAAAGCAAGAAAGCGUAGAGGUAGUCGCCUUCGGGUCUUAGUCGUACGCGUGUAGUCAUUUUAGCUUUAGCGUUUAUUUCACUUUCACAUUUGGGCGUUACAAUAUCAGAAAAUAUAUGCACGGAAAUUUGAUUCUAGUUGACAUCGAUAAAACAUUAUUAAGGAAAUAUUAAAACAAUUAUAUCAACGUGACGUACCAAACGCGCAGAUUCAGUUUAAAUAAAGUAAUUUAGCAUAGACUAUAGAAAUAGUGAAGUAGUAGAAACUUAUUGAAGAACGCUUCAUAGAAGUCACUUGACCUGGAAUAAUAAACCAUUGUUACUUAGACAAUGUAUGUUAUAAAUAUUUUGUUUUAUUUCGAUAAUACAUCAGAAUAUGUUUUUAGAUUCGAUUCAUAAAGAUACGUGAUCAUUCAAAUAUGGAUUCUUUAAUUCAUUAAAGCUGAAUCAGUUCCAUUGCACUUUUUGAACUCGGUUCAUGAUCUCUCGGUUCAAACGCUCGGGCGUUUAUAAAAAAAAAAAAAAUAUGUUGUCAGCUGUCCGUCGAGAUAUUUCCGAUCUGAUUCGACUUAGGGUGCUUCAAGAAAAGAGCGUAGUAAUUCUUUAAAGGCCGGCCACGGGCUCUGUCAUCGAGUUUCCAUGGGUGGCGAUAUCACUUAAUAUCAGAGGAGGCUUCUGCCUUUUUCACCCUGUACUAUAAAAAAAUACUCUUUCGUCUCUUUCUGUCAUUGACAGAUGAGUACUAUGGUUAUAACGGUGAAAUAGGACUGAGUUAUUUAAAAAAAAAAAAGGGAACUUGACGUUAAUAGCAAACGAAAAUUCAGAUUGUUUGAUAGUUGUGUAUUAUUCAAUGUCAACUAGUUUCGUACUUCUUCGGUUUUAUGUCUAACGUGCCAAAUGAAUAUAAUCAUAUUAUUCCAAAAAGACUGUGACCAUCAUUGUCAUACAUUGGACAUGGCGAUUCCAUGUAACAGUUUAUUGCAAAUGACGCUUUAUUACAUUGUCUUUAGGUUGAUAAUUGUUAACUGUACCAUCAUAUUUGGAGACAAACAGUUUCUUGAAUGACAUUGAUUGCCCUAAUAAUGAGUGUAACUGUGGUACUCAGAGUCGUUAAUUAUAUUAUUCCUAAAGAUGGAUUAAAAACUCAGCCCGAUUAGUUACCGAAGUAUAUAUUGGAUCUUUCGUAAUUUUACAUCUUAACAUAACAGCUUAAAUAGUCUUUACUCUUAAUAAACCACUCUGAGUGCAGCUGAAAAACUUGUGUAUAAGCAAUGCAAAUCCAUAAUAAUUUUUAUAUCACUGCCUAAGUUACAGAAAUAGCUCUCUAGAAUCUAAGUCGUAUUUAUUGUUAGUAGAUUUAGGAAUACGGAAUUUAUUAUCUACUCCGCUUUUGUAUUUUUUUAUAAAUCAUAGGAGGUUUUAAACAAAAUACCUCGCUACAUAUUCUAAAACUGCAUUUUUUUGAUAAUUUUUGCGCUGAACUUAAAUCCACUAUGGCCAAGUUUUGAUACUGGAAAAUGUCGUGAACUAAAGACAGUACUUGGUGAGAAAUAUCGACCGUUGGAAACAGAUAACUAAUAUCGGCUUGAUUUAGCGGCCAAUAACACAAGCAUGGCCAAUACAAUAAUAAGAUUAAAAUUGAGUAAUUGAAGCCUAUAAAGUCUCUCUUAAGAAGUCAAGUUGUAGGUAAGAUUUUAAUCUACCCUCGAGAAUUAGAAAAAAAAUCAUAGAGACAACACAGCAGAAAAAUAGCUUGAAUAGUGAUUGAAUUUGUAAAUGACAAAAUGAUCCACGAAAUCGUAACUAGAAGAUUGUCUCUUUUCAGUGUUGUUUGGCAAUAUUUCUCGCCCAGUACUGUAAUGAAGAAUUAGCUGUUAUAUACAGCGCCCAAAUUUUUUGCUAAAAUGUAUCCUAGAUUUAGACUAGAAAUAUAAGGUAUAGUUCGAUCGCGAUACACCAAAAAUUAGGCGAAUGGAGCUUUAGGUAUACCAGAUUCAUGUUUUCAUGCUCCGCACUUCCUACAAUUAUUCUCUGUGAUAGUGUUAAGAAAAACUUCCAAGACUUGUGUUAUUUACUAUGCGUAUUAUUUUGUGUGCAAUAAAAACUUAAAUUUGACACUUUCAAUUUGGUGUUGUAGAAAUUUGAUUCAUGUUAUUUAGAAUAUAGGUGUUCGGGCAUUGUGUUGCCAUGCUGAUAUAAGAAAUUGAACAGAUUUUUGUUUUCAAAAAUUAUUUAUGACUCAUUUACUAAAUUCUUGUUCUUGUGAAUUAAAUACUUAUUUAUAUUUUGUUUCUUGUGUAACUAAACUAGGAACGUGAACGAUCGCAAUCUGCUUAACUCGGAUUUUUAAGUUGUCUACAGAAUGAAUGUACGUAAAGAUUUAUAACUUUAACUUUGGUAAAUUAGUAUAAAAACUCAAUGCCUUAAUAUCCUGUACGAGGUGAGCUCGUACAGAUAAAUUAGCUUGGAGGCGUUUCUGCAUUUGUAAUCUCUCAGUGAGUAAAACCGGAAGGAACAGAUUCGCACUGUCAUCUGUGGCUUUAAAGUGAAGAUAGAAAGGUCCCGAUUAAUAUUUAAUAAAUAUUA